GCCCUUGUAUUCCCGCCUGAUAAUCUCUCACGCAGCCAUAGCAAGAUCAGGGCCGUUAGCUUGACCAGCAUCGCGGCCGUUGGAGUUCCCUGGCUGGGGGAGCCGUGUCGCGAUCUCGGCGCGAUACACGAGCCUUUCUAGAGUUUUGAGCACGCGGGUAUUCUCAGAUGGAAAUCGGGGUAGAGGACAUUCUCGUUAUAAAGGCCACCUGCGGCGGCAGCAACCGCCGGCUCACCCUGCGCCGCACACCCGAUCUCUCCAUCUCCACCCUUCACGACCACCUCAAGCAACUCUUUGGCAUCGGCAGCAGCAGCAGUAGCAGUGAUGGGAGUGGUGGGAGCAGCACAGGUGGCGUGCUGCGGGAGAGGCUAGUCGUGACUUACCGGGAUUCUGAGGGCGACUCCGUUGACCUUAUAGACGAUCGGGACUUGAAGGACGCUUUGUUCCUGCAGAAGCUCAAUCCGCUCAGACUAAGUGUGACUGUAGAGGAAGAAGAGGAAGAGGAAGAGGAUGAGGAGGAGGAGGGAGGAGAGGGGGAGGGCGAGGGGGAGAGGGAGGGGGAAGGACAGGGGGAGGUGAACGGAAGGGAGGCCGCAGAGGGGGAAGGGAAGGCGGAAGCGGGGGAAAGUGGGAGGGGCGUUGCGGAUGGGGGGAAGACGGAGGAAGCAACGCGGAAGGAGACUGAUGGAGCGGAGGGUGCAGUGGCCAACGGGACGGCAGCACCCGGCAAGCCCGGUGAAAAGAAGCCGCUGGGGAAGAAACCCGCAGUCAAGAAGGGCAGCAGAGGCACCAGGAGGCGCGGAGCAGGCGGCAAGGAGGGGAAGGACGGCGAGGGGGGAAUCGGCGCGGAGCGAGUGUACAUACACGUGAAGUCAGCGUCGGGUGUGGAGCUCAGGGAGGACCACGGGGCCACGGAUCUCCUCUUGGGGGUCACGCUGGAGAAGAUCAACGCGGUGGUGGCCGCUGCUGUCAAGAACCGCUCCUCCCUCCUCCUGCAGAUAGCCUUCGCCCCAGGGGGUUCCAGCUCUGGCCUCUCCCCUGAGCCAGCUGCUGCUGCUGCUCUCCCAGCUCUAGGAGUCGCCGGCGCCGGUGCCUCUUUGGCUGCUGGUAAAGUUCCUACCGCGGCAGGGAGGGCGGUCCAGGCAGCUCAAGCAGCAGGAGCAACCGGCAUGGUGGCACUGCAUGGCAGCGGCAGCAGCGGCGGAAGCAGGCUUACUGUCACUCCGCCUGUCCCCGGCCUGGUCCCUGCAGGAGCAGGAGUGGCCGUGGGCCCCGGUGCAAUGGCCAAAGCUGGGCUCAUCCCCAACCUAUCCCCACACGCUACUAGACCCGUGGUAUCAGCAGCAGGAGGGCCAGCAGCAGCAGCGGUGGGUGUGCCAGGAGUGGCAGGAGCAGCAGCAGGAGCUAUUCCUGCGGCUGCCGCUGCCUCCAGUUUGUUUGCUCGGGCUGUCUCCCCUCGUGAUGUAAGGGCGGCUGCAGUAGCAGGAGCCGCCAGUGCUGCCGCUGGUAGAGUGCCUCUUUCGUCCCCUGUGGUUGUGCAAGGGAAGGGCGUAGACGGGGAGGAGAAGGGAGACGAUGCGUACCUUGCUGCUGCAGCUGCGGCAGCGGCGGCGGCGGCGGCAGCAGGAGCGGUGGUGCAUGAGGGGAUUGAGUGUGACCUGUGCCGCAUGUGCCCUAUUGUUGGGGCGCGAUACAAGUCCAAUGUUCUGCCGGACUUUGACCUGUGCCGAGCGUGCUUUGAGUCCGAUGGGGAGCAGGGCUGCUACGACGAGUUCAUCCAGCCCCUUCCCGCCUCUCCACGCCCUCGAUAGGCCCAUGCUGGCUGAUGGGAAUUUUGUCGGGGGGGGGGGGGGGGGGGGGAGGAGAGGUGUGUUGGUGGGCUGAUGCUGGUAGGCAGUUGGGGUGUGGCGUAAAAGGGAUUUUGUCUCGCAUGAUACGCGGUGGAUAAGGAGGUUUGGAGAGGUGGGUUGGUCAGGGGGAAGGUUGGGACUCGGGCCCAAGUGGACAGCAGAUAGAGAUUGAAAGUGUGCAACACGCACUUGUGGUUGUGGUACAUGUUCGGAUGCAAAGCAUUAUGAUUGGAUGGUGGAUGAUCUUGUAUCGUAUGUUGGGCAGGAAUUCUAUAUAUUAUUACUCAUAAGAUGGUUUCU